AUGGCUUCUAAUCCUUGGUGGCCCUCGUCUUCAGAUGACGAAGAGGAGAUGUUUUUCGCAAACGCUGUACUACGGGCGGGACAGAUUCUAAUCCAAGAGGAAGAGGAAGAGGAAGAGGAAGACUUCUCGUCUGAAAAUGUUAUUACCACACGAAUACGGAUUAACAGAGACCGCCAAGGAGCGCACGAGAAAUUGGUGAACGAUUAUUUUUCGGAUGAACCACUUUACAACGCCGACAUUUUCAGACGCAGGUUCCGAAUGAGUCGCCGCUUAUUCACACGGAUUGCUAAUGAUUUGGUGGGGCUAGACCCGUUUUUCACGCAACGUCCUGAUGCUCGAAAUUAUGAAGGGUUUACAACGUUACAAAAGUGUACUGCGGCCAUUCGCCAACUGGCGUACGGGACAGUGGCCGACGCUUUGGACGAGUACUUACAGAUGUCGGCAAGAACUACGCGGGAAUGUUUGUAUCGGUUUUGCCAUAAUGUGGUGAAACUGUAUAGCAAAAAAUAUUUGCGGAAACCAAACGCGUAUGAUGUUCAACAGUUGUACCAAGCUCAUGAAGCAAGGCACGGGUUUCCGGGAAUGCUUGGUAGCAUUGAUUCCGUGGCAUCACAAGAUUUGUGGAUAUGGCAUUCUUUCUUUAGUCUCCCUGGUUCACUCAACGACCUCAACGUGUUAUACCAAUCGGCGAUCUUUACCGAUGUCGUUAAUGGAACCGGUCCGGACACACGUUUUACAGUUUCUGGGGUUGAGUAUAGACGUGGGUAUUAUCUUGCUAACGGGAUAUAUCCAUCUUGGUCUACAAUUGUAAAGACUAUUCCAUAUCCCGAGGACGAAAAAAGGAAAAAAUUCGCCGAGCGUCAAGAAGCUGCAAGAAAAGACAUCGAACGUGCUUUUGGUGUCUUACAAAAAAAAUGGGCCAUCGUUGCACAACCGGCACGUGCGUUCACACCAAAAAGGUUGCGUCUUUGUAUGUACGCUUGCAUUUUGCUCCAUAACAUGAUUAUUGAAGACGAAGGUCGGGCGAUUUGUGAGUAUGAUGAGAAUGCAUCUUGGAGGAACACUGUCCCGGUUGAUCCCCCACAACAGGAUUUAAACUCGUUCUCGCUAACAAACGACUUCACGCAUGCAAACCUUCAACAAGAUUUGGUAGAACAUAUUUGGAACAACGUUAACAUGGUGGACGGUGAUGGAGCCGAAGACGAAGACGAGUAG